GCUGGGGGCCGGGCCUUGGAGAAGACGAACUGUGCAGGGAAGCAGCAGCUGUAGGGUCCUCACUGCCCGCUCCGCCCGGCUGCACCCGGCCUCCUGGUGCUCCUCAGGCUCCCGCCGAGUCUGCGUCUCUGGAGGGCAGCGAACCAUCCUGCCCAGAACCUUAUCCUCACAGCCCAGUUUGACGCAGCUCAACGAAUGGAGAAAAAAAUAAGAGUAACCAGCAGGUAAUAUCUAGCCACAUGGAAACUCGAUUUAAAACACGCUUGGCCACUGUUUCCAGCUCAACUCGGGAACGUCCGGAGCGCUUCUGGCCCCUGGACUUCGACGCUCCUCCCGUGGCCCCCGUGGCUGGGGAAGGUACAGUUGUUCCCAGGAUUCCAGGCACGCAGAUCCGGCAGGGCCAUCGCCGUCCCCUUGCUCUUGCCGCAGCCCCGUUAGGCUCCACGUUUCGGGGCCUCCUGGCCGGGGAGGCUGCCUGUGGCUGCCAGCGCGCCCCCGUGGCUGUGGCUCAGCCGGCCCCCACUUCGGCCCCGUGCAGCCCCUCCGGGGCCGCAGCCGUCUGGCGCCCGAACUCACGGCCUCGGGCCGGUACCCGCCGCCAGCGCCUUCGCUGUGGCCGCUCCUCCCCCUCCCCGAGCCCGAGCUGGCCCAGCGGAGAAGGAGGACGGAGAAGCUGGAACCCGAACGCUGAGCUGCAGGCGACAGGUGCAGGAACGGGAGAAGCUAUGGCCUCGCACAGGACGGCUGCUCAGAGCGACACGAGCAACCGCCAAGAGCUCCUCUCGCAGCUGGAAGAACUCAGUAAUGUACUCCGCUGUGGGAGAAAUGGAGAUAAUAAAAGUCUGAUGUAGAAGUACUCGCAGACAACCAUGCUCCUUGAUCGAUCUCAGAUUAUUAUCAGACCUACUCUAAUGAUGUUAGUCUUCCAAAUAAAGUGAGUGACUGAACUGUCCAAAUCAGCAAGAUCAGGAUAUUGAAACUCUUGCUUUGAAUUCUAACGACCAGUUGUAAAUAGAAAAUGAUGCUCACCCUGGUACUGACAGGACAGCAAAUGUUAAAUGUAGACAGGAGGGUCAUUUGCCUCAAAUUCACAGGAGCCAGCAUCUGCAUUAGCUGCACAAGAUACGUCCUUAGAAGGUUCGUCAUUAGCUGGAAGUUUGAAAGCUGCAGCAGAAGCGGCUUUAUCACAGACUGGAUUUAGUUGUGAUGAAAAUACUGGACUGUAUUUUGACCACAGCACUGGUUUCUAUUAAGAUUCUGAGAAUCAAAUAUAUUAUGAUUUAAUUUAUUACUACUGUGAUGUGGAAAGUGGUCGCUAUCGGUUUCAUUCUCAAGUAGCUUUGCCACCUUAUCAGACUUAUAGCACAAAACAAAAAUAAAAAAUUGAGAAAAGAAAGGAUCCAGAUUCUUCUACAAAAAAAAAAAAAGAGGAAAAGGAUUUGAAUUCAGAGGAUCAAGAAGCCUUCAGUGUUGAACAUACAAACUGCAAUGGGAAAGACAAUUUCACAAAUGUGAAAAAAAAAAGCCAAAAGUCAUUCAUCACAAAAAUAAUCCCCCAAAAUUCACUGUUUCAGUUAGUGGAAAUCCUAUGGAAUCUCCUCCUAAUGAAAACAUCUCAGUUCAUCUUUAAGGAUGAGAAAAUCACAGAGACUGAUAGUGAACCAGAAGAAGAUGAAAUUACAGACUCUCAGACCGAGGGUAGUUAUGAUGAAGGCAUUACCAGUAAAGGCAAUGCAACUGCAAAAGAUACUGAGGAGGAAGAUGAGGGAAAAGUGUGGCCCUCAUAUAUGAGAGUAAUUGUCAUUAGAUCUCCUGUGUUACAGACAGGAUCAUUCUUCAUCAUUACUGCUGUAAAAUCUACUACAAUUGGAAGAGAAAAUGACAUGGAGCAUACACUUCUAAUCCCUGAAGUUGGUGUAAGUUUCAUGAAGAAAUUUAUUUUGACCAUGACUUACAAAGUUAUGUCCUUUUGGAUCAGGCAGUCAAAAUGGAACAAUUGUUAAUGUAAAAUGGAUUGUUCAGCUGAAAACUAAAUGUGACCCUUAUGAACCUGAGCAGGGAGGUAAAGUGAAAAUUGGAGACACUGUGUUAUCUUAUUACAUUCACCCUGGCAGAAAUAGCUGUGUUGGAUGUGAACCAGGGCAGGUUAGAGCUCACCUUUUCCUUGAUAAAAAAGAUGAAUCAUUUGUUGGUCCAUCAUUAACUAAGAAGGAAACUAGCUGGAAAGAAGAAAAGGAUUUUAAAAAUAUAUGAGUAAAAUAUGGUUUACAGAAUACAGACUACAAAGAUGAUAAGAUACUGGAGAAUCAAAAAUGUAAAGAUAGAGCUGGAAAACAUAGGGAGCAGAUUGGAAGUGAAGGAAAUUUCCAAAGAGAUGAUGCUCCUGCGUCUGUUCAUUCUGAAAUUACUGAUGGCGACAAAGGUCAGAAGAUGUUGAAAAAGAUGUGUUGAAAACAGGAGAAGGCCCGGGGAAGGAUGGUGGAAGAAUGAAAACUCCAAUACAGCUUCAGCUUUGGCAAACACAUGCAGGAUUGGAGACAGACAAACCGUCCUCAAUUAAAGAGACUCAUCUUCUCCAAAACAAGAACAACAACAACAACAAAAGCUGGGACAAAGCACAGGAGAGGUUUGCUGAAAACUUUCCAGAAACUAAACUUCAAAAAGAUGACCUAGGAACCAUUCCUUGGGUAAAAGGGACUGAGGAGUGAAGGUUAAUCACAGAAGAAAACUCAUGCUUUUUUAUAAAUAGAGUUUGGAAACUCUUAUUGCAGAAUGUCUCUCCUCAAAAAAGUCAGUGGCACAAGAAAGCUGUGUCACGGUUUACCCCUUCCUGAUUCAGAAAUGUGUAAUAAAAUGUGGUUUGCAGCUUUUAAAAAACACUUUUUAAACUAAUUAUUAGUGACUGAAUUAAUUUAUACAGUAAGUGAACUAAAGUUCACAGGGCACAGAUAAGUUUAUCAAACUUUACUAUUUUAUCUUGUCAUUGACAACAUCCAUAUAAGCAAAUAGCCAUAUAAGCAAAAUUCUUAUAACUACUUAAAUGCUCAUUUGUCCUUGUCUCCAUAUAUUCAUAGUAGUAUGCACAGAAAAUACAGCAAAAGAAACAUCUAAAUUCUACAGAAAUAAAUCUGACAAUAUACAUUCUUGUUUAUACCCUUCAGGACCUAGAUAAAAAAUAUUGAGACAACAUGAAUAGUGAUGCAUACAUUUUCUUAUAUUUGGAAUAGUCUAAAUCAUAUUAAAUAACUAAUGAACAGGUGACAUGUCACAGAAAAUUUGUCUUUUAUUGUUUUCUUCGGUGAAGAAUCUGAAUUUGUUGAUAUGUACUAUACAUUCAGUAUUUGUAUUUGGUUUGUUUCAUAGCUAAUGAAAUGUUUAUACAUGAACAAAUGAGUACAGUAUUGAAAUAGUCCAUGUGCUGGCAUUCAUACUUUUUAUAAAUACCAUUACAGGCAAUGAAGUUGUGCCAGAAAAAUCUGAUUUUGAGUGCAAAAGGAAUAUUUAGCCAGGGCCUCAAGCUCAAUAUAUUUAUUGAAAAUGUCCUAAAUUGCCAUAAAACUUUAUAAUGUUAAAUUAUUCAUUUCAAUAAAUUAUGAAUU